UUGUUUUUGUGAAUUGAAUUAUUAAUGCCUUACAGUUUCUUGAAUCAAAAAUUGUUUUGAUUUAGAGAGCUACGAAAUUAAAGAAGUUCCAUAGAUGGCAACUGCAAGUAGAUGGAAUUUUGUGACAAGAAGCUCAGGUGCCAACAAUGGAGUAGCAAUAUCUGUCAACAGAAGAGAGGUUAAAGCCAGUGGCUUAAGUGUUGGGAAGAGGCAGCAUCAAGGAGUUAGAGUUGUUUAUAGUGCAAGGGUGAUUGGGGCAUUAAAUGGGAAUUCAGCAAAUGGGAAAUCAAGAAAUGGGAAAUCAAGAAAAGGGAUUUCAAGAAAAGGGAUCGUGUGUGGGAUGAAUUUGGUAUUUGUGGGAGCAGAAGUAGGUCCAUGGAGCAAAACCGGUGGACUUGGUGAUGUAUUAGGUGGUCUCCCUCCUGCUAUGGCUGCAAAUGGGCAUCGUGUAAUGACAGUAUCACCUCGUUACGAUCAAUACAAGGAUGCAUGGGAUACUGAAGUAGAACUUGAGCUCAAGGCUGGAGACAGGACUGAAAAAGUGCGAUUCUUCCACUGUUAUAAGAGAGGUGUUGACAGGGUGUUUGUUGAUCACCCCAUGUUCCUGGAGAAGGUUUGGGGAAAGACCACUUCAAAAAUUUAUGGACCCAUUGCUGGAAUAGACUACCAGGACAAUCAGCUUAGAUUCAGCUUACUAUGCCAGGCCGCUUUGGAAGCCCCAAGGGUGUUGAACCUUAAUAGCAGUGAAUAUUUCUCAGGGCCAUACGGGGAAGAUGUUGUCUUCAUUGCCAAUGACUGGCAUACUGCACUCAUUCCAUGCUACUUGAAAAGCAUGUAUCAAUCCAGAGGAAUGUAUAUUAGUGCUAAAGUUGCUUACUGUAUCCACAACAUAGCUUACCAAGGCAGAUUUGCUUUUUCAGACUUUGCACUACUCAAUCUUCCAGAUGAGUUCAAAAGCUCUUUUGAUUUCAUUGAUGGAUAUGACAAACCGGUAAAGGGAAGGAAGAUUAAUUGGAUGAAAGGAGGAAUACUGGAAUCACACAAGAUCUUAACUGUUAGCCCUUACUAUGCUCAAGAGCUUGUUUCUGGGCCAGACAAAGGAGUGGAGUUGGAUAAUAUCCUCCGCAAAACAUGUGUCCAUGGGAUUGUGAAUGGGAUGGAUGUCCAAGAAUGGAACCCCAUGACUGAUAAAUAUACCAGUGUCAAAUUUGAUGCUACCACUGUAAUGAGUGCAAAACCGCUUAUAAAAGAAGCCCUCCAAGCAGAAGUUGGAUUGCCGGUGGAUAAGAAGAUCCCAGUGAUAGGAUUUAUAGGCAGACUUGAAGAACAAAAGGGUUCAGAUAUUCUUGCUGCAGCCAUCCCUGAAUUCAUAGGCAGUAACGUCCAGAUAAUAGUUCUUGGGACAGGGAAAAAGGCAAUGGAGAAGCAGCUGGAUGAUUUAGAGACAGAAUACCCGCUUAAGGCUAGAGGAGUAGCCAAAUUCAAUGUGAAACUGGCUCAUAUGAUUAUAGCUGGAGCUGAUUUCAUAAUAGUGCCUAGUAGAUUUGAACCAUGUGGUCUGAUACAGUUGCAAGCAAUGCCUUAUGGAUGUGUGCCUAUUGUUGCGUCAACUGGAGGGUUGGUUGACACGGUGAAAGAAGGAUAUACAGGAUUUCAAAUGGGAGCUUUUAACGUUGAGUGUGAAACAGUUGAUCCAGCAGAUGUAAGUGCAAUUGCGAGGACUGUUACCAGAGCACUGGCAGUAUAUGGUACUCCAGCUUUUUCAGAAAUGGUUCAAAACUGUAUGGCUCAAGAACUUUCCUGGAAGAAACCUGCCAAGAAGUGGGAGGAGGCUCUUCUGAGUUUGGGGGUUGAAGGCAGUGAAGCUGGGAUUGAUGGUGAAGAGAUUGCUCCUCAAGCCAAGGAAAACGUGGCUACACCUUGAUUAGAGUAAUUAAAUACAUAUUAUAUUAUAUAGAUAUUUAAUUAAAUUAAUAAGCAUCCUUCAUUGCCUUGCCCAACAAGAUUAAGUUUUAAUUAAGUAGAUGGAUGGUAAUAUGAUAAUUGUGUUUUCAUGUUAUGUCUUUUCAAUAUCCCUAUUUUUGCUAUCUACAUCUAUCAUGUAUGUAUGUAUGUAUGUAUUCUUAAUUUAAACACACUCUGUAAUUAAACUAAAACUUUGUUUCA